UGUUCAAGUCUUGUUACACUAAUAGGCCUAUUAAUGGUGUAUGUGGGGAACUUCACGUGUUUUCAAGCCAUGUCUGUGUUUUUGCCGUCUGCUCCGAUUAUCAAAGCUGGAAAAAUCUUAGACGAGCAAAAAACUACGAAAAAGACGAAGGAUAGCUACGUUUCCACGCUGUCAUCACCUAAUGGUAAAAGUUCUUCGCAAGGGCGCGGACUCAAGGACAUGGUGCAGCCUCACGAGUAUAUGCUGUCCAUCUACAAAACUUUUUCAGCCGCAGAGAAGCUGGGACUCAAUGCAAGCUUUUUCCGGGCAUCCAAGGCAGCGAAUACUAUCACAAGCUUUGUGGACGUAGGGCAAGAUGACCCCCUGACCUCCCCCCUUCUGCGGCAGCGCUACCUGUUCGACGUCUCCACCCUCUCGGACAAGGUGGAGCUGCUGGGCGCUGAGCUGCGGAUCUACGCCAAGCUCUCCACAGCCAUGCGGGGCGCCCUGGUGGCCACGUCCCCCCAGUCGGGCCCCGAGAUGAUGGUGGGCCCCGUAGACCUCCAGCUCUUGUCCUGCGCGGAUCCAGAGCAGGUGCUAGACUCCCGUACCCUUGGGGACCCGGGGGACAACCCCAAGCCCUACUGGGAGGUGCUGGACAUCUGGGAGAUCUUCCAGGACUGGCAGCACCACCUCCAUCAUGGUCGUCACUUCUGCCUGGAGCUGCGUGCGGUGGUGUCCGACAGCCCCGAGAGGGAGCGCGAGGUGGACCUUCAGCUGCUGGGCUUCCGGCGCCACAACCGGCCGCACCCCAAGAAGGCCAUCUUGGUGGUGUUCACGCGCUCCCGCAAGCGCCAGAGCCUCUUCUACGAGAAGCGCGACAAGAUCAAGCGGCACCUGCUGUGGGAGAGGAGGGGCGGCAGCAGCAGCAGCAGCAGCAGCAGCAGCGGUAGCGUCAACAGCCGCCUGGGCAAGCGUCACGGUCGGCGCUCGCGCUCCCGCUGCAGCAAGAAGCCCCUGCACGUGAACUUCCGCGAGCUGGGCUGGGACGACUGGAUCAUCGCGCCGCUGGACUACGAGGCGUACCACUGUGAGGGCGUGUGCGACUUCCCGCUGCGCUCGCACCUGGAGCCCACCAACCACGCCAUCAUCCAGACGCUGAUGAACUCCAUGCGGCCGGGCUCCAUGCCGCCCAGCUGCUGCGUGCCCUCGCGCCUCAGCCCCGUCAGCAUCCUCUACAUCGACGCAGGCAACAACGUGGUCUACAAGCAGUACGAGGACAUGGUGGUGGAGGCUUGCGGCUGCAGGUAG